GGUGAGAAAUCCGGGAAGGCCCGCCCAGAUUUGGCCCCCCAGCCCGUCCAUCCUGGGCCGGGGGCGCGGGCGAAGCUGGGCCCCAGCGUGCUCCGAGAGGUUUGGUCAGCCAAGCAGCCAUGACUACCUGUGGGCCCGGCUGGCCGUCCCCUGACCGCUUUGCGGUGUCAGCCCAAGCGGAGGACAAGGUGCAGGAGCAGCGAACCCGCGUGGAGCGCAUCUUCAGGGUGGGGAUGAGUGUCCUCCCAAAGGACUGUCCUGAGACCCCUCACAUCUGGCUGCAGCUGGAGGGUCCCAAGGAGAACGCCAGCCGGGCCAAGGAGUACCUGAAGGGUCUCUGCUGCCCGGAGCUACAGCAUGAAAUCCAUUAUCCACCCGAACUGCACUGCAUUUUCUUGGGAGCUGGGGGCUUCUUCCUUGAUUGCCUGACAUGGAGUACUAUGGCCCAUCUGGUGCCGGGGGCGCCCGGUUCACUGAUGAUCAGCGGCCUGACUGAGGCCUCUGUCAUGGCUCAGAGCCUAGUGGAGAGGCUGGUGGAGCGGCUUAGCGGGGACUUUUGGCCCGGGCCAACCGCCGGAGCCUCUCAGUUUGCUGGAGAGCUGAGAGACUUUUCCGCCCUGCUGCAGUCCCGGGGCGAUGCUCACAGGGAGGCCUUGUUGCAGUUGCCUCUGGCCAUCCAGGAGGAACUGCUGAGCCUGGUGCAGGAGGCAUCCAAGGGCCAGGGAGCCCACGCCUUUCCCUCCAGGGAGCAAGGGAGCCCAGGUCUUCUGGAUCCUCAGCAUGAGGGAGUCAGAGCUUUCCUGAGUGGAGGCAGGGAGUCUCUGGACACUGGACCUGCAGGGGAGCGAGAGUCACAAAGAGAAAGGAAUACUGGGGAGAAGGGGGGAAGGAAGCAGGAUGAUCCCUUGUGGUGGAAGGAGCUGUGUGGGGAAGAGACUUGGGAGAGAGAAUUGACCUGUAUGUCACAGCCAGGGGGUGAAGAGGCAGGCCCCCCCCUGAAACAGAAGACUCCAGGGAAGGAGGGAGUGCCUGAGGACAGGGGAGGGUUGUGUGCCCAAGCUGAACCUCCUGGUGCCCAUAGUCCCUGUCAAAGGGCAUCUCAACUCCGGGGAGCCUCCCUCCUCCAGCGGCUCCACAAUGGGGAAACCUCACCUCCAAGAGUACCCAGUCCCCCUCCUGCUCCUGAACCUCCAUGGCAUUGUGGAGACCGAGGAGACAGGGAAGUUAAGCAACAACAGGUUGGGGCUCGAGGUCGCGGCUCUCCAUGGAAACCACGAGGCACCCGUGGGGGCAACUUGGUGACUGGCACGCAGCGUUUCCAGAAGGCCCUACAGGACCCUUUCACCCUGUGCCUCGCCAACGUGCCUGGCCAGCCAGACCUCCGCCAUAUUGUCAUUGAUGGCAGCAACGUGGCCAUGGUGCAUGGUCUCCAGCAUUAUUUCUCCAGCCGGGGCAUUGCCAUCGCUGUGCAAUACUUCUGGGACCGGGGCCACCGUGACAUAACUGUUUUUGUGCCUCAGUGGCGUUUAAGUAGUAAGGAUGCCAAGAUCAGAGAGAGUCACUUUCUACACAAGCUGCACUCCCUCAGCUUGCUCUCCGUCACUCCCUCCCGCGUCAUGGACGGCAAGAGGAUCUCCUCCUAUGAUGACAGGUUUAUAGUGAAGCUGGCUGAAGAGACUGAUGGGAUCAUUGUCUCCAACGACCAGUUCCGUGAUCUGGCGGAAGAGUCUGAGAAGUGGAUGGCAAUCAUCAAAGAGCGCCUGCUGCCUUUCACCUUCGCGGGAAACCUCUUCAUGGUCCCCGAUGAUCCGUUAGGGCGCAACGGCCCCAUGCUGGAUGAAUUUCUGAAGAAACCAACCAGGGCACAGGGGCCUCCUAAGGCUCAACCUCCUUCCACGAGCUUCGCACAACACGGAAGUCAGCAACAGGGGCAAGAGGCAGUGGAAAAAGAUAGUGGCGGCAUUCGGAAGACACGGGAGACCGAGCGGCUCCGGCGCCAGCUGCUGGAGGUGUUUCGGGGCCAGGAUCACAAGGUUGACUUCAUCCUGCAGCGGGAGCCAUACUGCCGGGACAUCAACCGGCUCUCCGAGGCGCUGCUCAGUCUCAAUUUUUGAGCCUCAUGUGCUGAGCAGCUGCCACCUCGCCCUGCUCAGCACCUUCUGAGAGCCCUUGUGUGACUCAGACCUUGACCCGGACUUACCAUGAGUUGGUGCUGUGGGUCCUGGAAGCUCUGCCCUCCCAGUUAACUGCUCUGCCUACUCGUAGCUCUGGGGCAGCAAUCCUGAAGUCCCCCAGGCUGGGUGAGAGCAUUGGUGCAGGGGGCUGGGGCCUCCAGGGGCGGGUCCAUAAAGGGGAGCUGAUCUCAUCUUGAAUGAGGACUUCAAGCAGCUCUGGAGAGGAUCUGCUCAGCCUUAACUGUCACUCUUGCCUUAGCACAGGACUGCUGGAGGGAGCGGGGGCUGCUGGAGAUCAGGACAGCGACUGCUCCAUGCUGAGCUUGGUGGAGGCUAGGCUGGGCAGGAGGGGAGUGAAGAACAGCUGACAAGGAAGCCAAGCCUUUCCUCUCCGAUUGCCGUUCUCGAUCGCCAGAGGACACGUCCCAGGCCUGCCCAGGCUCCCAGGGAAUUCUGGGGCCGGGGGAAGCUAGUGUUAUGGGGCCGGGGGCCACAGCAGGGCAGCAGGGGGCCAGCUGGUGGAGAAGGCUGGGGGAAGACUUGGCUUCUGGUUUCAGUUGUCUGGCUGUGACCUUGACUGAGCUGCUUGGUCUUUCUGCCAGUAAAUCAGGGGGUAGAAAUACCUGUUGGGAGGAGAAAUGAGAACAUAGAGGAGGCUGCUUGGCGGAAAGUUACUUGGACCAAAUCUCAGGUGUCUCUGUGGCUGCACAGACAUCUGAACCAAAACCUCACUUUCUGAGCAGAGGGGCCUCUGUCCCCAGGGCCCAGGCCCUAGAUUUUAUCAGUGCGUCCUCAGUGUACUGUGCCCUAUCAUGGCUGCAGCCCUUGUGGGCAACCCGCAGAUCACAUUCACAAAGUAGUUAAUUAGGGGUGACUGUUUGCAUUACCAAAAUUCUCUCAGGGUUCCUACAAAUGGCAGCUUUCCAGUUGGUCUCACGCGUUUGUUUACAGAUCCACGAAUGUGUCAGAAAGCCCCUGACUAGCUGCACUUGCUGAAGUGUUGACCAUUCACCAAACUGAUGAAGCCAUGCUCUGAAAAGAUGAUGUUAGUGUGCUCGGUCCGCAUCAUUUUCUUUACUGAAUCAUAUAUGUUGCAUAAAUGAGGCCCAUUUAUGCUUUGUGUGUGUGUAUGGGGAGGGGAGGGGCUUCUGGAGAUUGUGUCUAGACGAACUAAUUAUCUGAAAAGUGAAAACCGAAGAAUCAGAGUUGGAAGUUAGGUGACUGGCCACCAGACCAGCUACUGUCACAUCAGGACAUUCUCCCCGAUUCCUGCAGGUCACUGUCCUGUGUCUGUGCUGUCCUCCUGUGCCAGGGAAAUUUAUCAUCUCCGGUAGACACUACUCAGCCAUGGGUAGCACUAGUCAGUAGUCCUUCCUUUUGUUCAACCCCAAGUUUGUGUUUCUAUUAUUUUUCAGGCCAGUCCUUCCUUCAGGCGAGUGUUAUAUAGAAGGAACAGCACAGAGCUAGACAACUUCCUGGGCAGCUGAAGACUGGAUCCGGUGGGACAGGGCCCCUGGGCUGUGCUGUAGGGUCUGAUUAGCAAGGCCCUAGAGCAUCCUGUCUAGUCUCUGACUUCUGCUCCCUCCAACAUUGGCUUAGGCCACUGGAUGACAAUAGGGUCCCUGAGUCCCAGAAUGUACCCUUCUUUCUUGUUGGUGAUGUACACCACUCCACCAUAGCAAUCUGGGGCAGGUGAUUUGGAGACAGGUGAGUUAGGCAGGUGACAAUCCAUAAUUUCAGAAGAAAAACUGGCUUAAUGUGGCCUGAAUUGGGGAACUACUUUUGGCCAAGUAGUGGCCAGAUACCAGGGUAGAUAAAUAGGGAGAGGACGAGGUGUACCUGAGACUUUUCUUGGUUAGAGCCGAGUCUGUACUUUUUAAUUAAGUUCUUUGUCCCUUUCAUUUUCGAGGAUGGUCAGCAUGCAGUAGGCCAGAGCUAUCCUCUGCCCUUGUGUGCUCGGACCCGGGUUGACUGAA